AUGCUGCCUUCCCCUGUCCACUGUUGCCUUCCCCGUGUCCGUGCCCGACUGUUGUCUUCCCGUGUCCGACUGUUGCCUCCCCCCGUGUCCGACUGUUGCCUCCCCCGUGUCCGACUGUUGCCUCCCCCGUGUCCGACUGUUGCCUCCCCCGUGUCCGACUGUUGCCUCCCCCGUGUCCGACUGUUGUCUUCCCUGUGUCCUUGCCUUCCCCGUGUCCGACUGUUACCUCCCCCGUGUCCGACUGUUGCCUCCCCCGUGUCCGACUGUUGUCUUCCCUGUGACCCCAAGUCCAAGUCCUUCUUCUUCAACAAGCAGGACACCAAUGUCUUCAUGGGUCUCUGUUGUCUUCAUGGUCUCUGUCCUGCUGUGUUAGUGUCUUCAUGGUCUCUGUCCUUCGCCCCCCCCCAGACAUUUCUGGAUAACUUCCAGAUGGCCAAAGAGGCGUUGAGUGUGGCCACGGCCCAGGCAGCAGAGAAGGCGGCCUCCAGCGUCAGAGACUUUGCCCAGAAGAGCUUCCGUCUCUCCAUGGACGUCAAGCUGAAGGCCCCUCUCAUCGUCAUCCCUCAGUCCUCCACCUCACGCGAUGCGUUUGUGGUGGACCUGGGACUCAUCACCGUGGGCAACAGUUUCAGUCUGAUGUCUGCUGAAGGGUUCUCGCUCCCCGUUGUCUUGGACACCAUGGACGUCAAACUCACUCAGCUCAAACUGUCCAGGACCACGCUGAAACAAGGCUCCCCACAGACAGACAUUGAGAUCCUUCAGCCAAUCAAUUUAGAGCUUCUGGUCAAACGUAACCUGGCCUCUUCCUGGUACAACAAGAUCCCUGGAGUAGAGGUUCAAGGAAUGCUCAAGUCUAUGAAUAUGGCUCUCGGUGAGGAGGACUUUGGUGUCCUGAUGAAGACACUGAGGGAGAACAUCGGAGAGGGCAGCAAAGAGCACGUCAUGGACGUCAAGAAACAAGUAGCCCGAGACAAGGCAGAGCAGCACCAGCUGGAGGGGAAUGAGGUGGGAUGUCAACCUGUGGAGGCUGGAGGAGGAGGACAACCUGUUGCUGUCACCAAUGCAGGAGGACUGGGAGAAAACAUCGUCAAUAUGCUGCUCAACCUGGAGAUUAAGGAGGUGGUUGUGAAGCUGAAGAAGUCCAGGUCAGAUCAGAAGGAGAGUCCGUUCCUGGUUCUCCACGUAGCCCAGCUGGGCAUCCACACCAAUGUCAGGAAGUACGACAUGGUGGCCACAACGUACAUCAAGAAAAUCUCUAUGAAGUGCCUGGAGUUCUCAGAUUCCAACGGUGAACCACUGUGUCUGAUCAGUUCCUCUGUGGAGUCAGGUGCUGACCUUCUCAAAGUGGAAUACUUCAAGGCUGACAGAAACAGGCCAAACUUUGCCACUGUUCACAAGAAUACUGAGCAGAUGAUCAACGUGACCUUCACCUCCCUGGAUCUACUGCUUCACACGGAGGCUCUCCUCUCCACCAUAGACUUCCUGUCUUCUGCCCUGUCCUCCGGCAGCCUGCCCCCCUCACCAGAGGAGCCUAAGCAGAAGUCUGAGGAGAGCAGCAGGGCCAUCUCCGCCAAGUCAACGGCUCUAGGUUCUCCGUCGGACGGCGACGUCGUCGACCUGAAGGUGACGAUGCGGCUGGGGGCGUUCAACGUCCUAGUGUGUGAUCAGAACUGCAACAUGGCUGACAUCAAGAUACAAGGUUUCAAUGGAUCCCUCCUGAUGCAAGGGCCUCAAACCCACAUCUCUGCCCGCCUUCGGGAUUUCAUCGUCAUUAACGUUGACCCAAAAAGUAUUCACAAAAAGGCCAUCUCUAUCGUAGGAGACGAGGUGUUUAGUUUCAGUAUGAGUCUGACCCCCAAGGCCACAGAGGGAGCCGGCUACGCAGACACCUCCAAGACAGACGGGAAGGUUCAGCUCAACGUGGGCUGUGUCCAAGUCGUCUACCUCCACAAGUUUGUCAUGUCUUUGCUGAAUUUCAGCAACAACUUCCAGACGGCCAAAGACGCGUUGAGUGUGGCCACGGCCCAGGCAGCGGAGAAGGCGGCCUCCAGCAUCAGGGACUUUGCCCAGAAGAGCUUCCGUCUCUCCAUGGACAUCAGGUUGAAGGCCCCUCUCAUCAUCAUCCCUCAGUCCUCCACGUCACACAAUGCACUGGAGGUGGACCUGGGGCUCAUCACCGUGGGCAACAGCUUCUCUCUUCUUGCUGUGGAGGGAUGUCCACUUCCUGCUGUCAUUGACCACAUGGACGUACAGCUCACACAGCUCAAACUGUCCAGGAUUUACAUGGAAAAUGACUCUCAGCCCAGUACUGAGCUGCUGGAGCCUGUCAACCUGCUCCUAACAGUGAAGAGGAACCUGGCUGCAGCAUGGUACCAGAAGAUGGCCGCCGUAGAGGUAGAGGGAGACCUCAAGCCUAUGAAGGUUGCCCUGAGUCAGGACGACCUGACAGUUCUGUUGAGGAUCCUGAUGGAGAACAUUGGAGAAGCCAGCGGUCUGCCGCCAGACCAACACACCAGCCCCGACACGACAGCCCUGACACACAAGACCACGCCGAUGCUCAAAACAGACUACCCCAAAGACGGUGUUGAGAACACGGUUGAACUUCCAGAACGACAGGUAGAAGAGGAACCCCUGGAAACCAUGACGUUUAUCUUCAACAUAGAGUCCCUGGGACUGGUCCUGUACAGCAAUGACCCGAAACAGGUAACGGCUGUGUCUCAACACCAGGAGAGGCUGUGUCUGGGCGAGUUGACCUUUCACCUGAUGAAGGCUUCAGGGAAGAUGUUUAAUAACGGGUCCAUGGAGGUCUCUACCAUCCUCACAGCCUGCACCCUGGACGACAUGAGGACAGGGGUACAGAGAGUUACCUCACGGAUGCUGGGUAAGCGUGACGAGGCGAGCGAGGAAGCCAUGAUAGACGUGUCGUACACGCAGAGCGCCGGCGAGCGCCAGGUGGUGGCGGUGGUACAGAAGCUCUAUCUGUGCGCCAGCGUUGAGUUUCUCAUGGCAGUGGCAGACUUCUUCAUCCAGGCCCUGCCCCAGAGCUCUGCCCAGGACGUGCCCACUAACACCAAGCUAGCCCUGCCAGGCCUGGCCAAGACCUCCCAGCUACCCCUCAAACAGCUGGCCGAGCUUCGGGAUAGAGCCAACACUGACCCCAGGACAGGUAAGGGGAGAGAGAGAGAGGGUGGGGGAGAAUCUGACCCCUGUCAUCCUGAACCAGUGAUGACCAUCACGGCAGCCAACCGAAACCCAAAGGCUGUGCAGAGUGGAGGAGUCAUUAUCAAACAUGACUUUCCCAUCCAGGUGACGGAGAGUUUCAGUGACCAGGACGGCCGUAACUUUGGGGAGAGUUUCAAGGUGGAUGUGAAGGUUAUUCAGGUGACCAUGGAGUCUGGUCUGGGCCACAGGACGGUCCCCCUCCUGCUGGCUGAGAGCUCUCUGUCUGGGACGGCCAAGAACUGGUCCUCCCUCCUCUACCUCUGCUCUGACAUGACCCUGGAGGUGAACUACUUCAAUGAGACCCAUGCUGUCUGGGAACCGCUGAUAGAGAGAGUGGAGGACGGCUAGAGGUACUGGAACCUCAACCUAGAGAUGAAGAACAACCCCGUGCAGGAUAAGAGCCCUGUUCCCGGGGAUGACUUCGUGGUUCCCGAGCCACGCACCGCCAUCAACAUCUGUUCCAAAGACACCAUGAACAUCACCGUCUCUAAGUGCUGCCUCAAUGUGUUAACCAACCUGGCCAAGGCAUUCUCUGAGGCACAGCCUCUAUUUGACCACAGUCUGAAGGAGAGCCCCUUCACCAUCCGCAAUGCGCUGGGCAUCCCUCUCACCGUGCAGCACAGUGCCAACCUGCGGGUGGUGGCCCCUGGGCAGGGCAAGCUCCACGAGGUGGGGGUAGGGCAGAGCGUGGACCUGGAGUACUCUGGGUCGGGAACCUCGACACGGGGCAAACUGUCUGCUUUGCAACGCCAGGAGAGCUGCCUCUUCAACCUCAGCAUCGCUCCUACAGGUUACAGUGAGAUCUCCAACAUGGCGGUGGAUCAGCCUGGCAGGAGGCUGUAUAACGUGAGAGAUCCCGUGCUGCAGGAGAACGUGUCCGUGUUGGUACAGACUGACGCCUCAGAGGGAAACAAGGUCAUCACCGUCCGUUCUCCGCUACAGAUCCAGAACCAUUUCUCAGUGCCGUUUACCAUCCUGAAGUACUGCCCCAAAUCCAGAGGGAUGGUUAAUAUAGGACUGGCAGAGCCCGAGAAAGAGUCUGAUGUAGCCCUGGACUCCUACAGGUGUCAGCUCUUCCUCCAGCCAGCCGGGCGCCUGGAGGGCCAGUACGGCCCGUCGUCUACCUGUAUCGCCUGGAAGGAGCAGGUCCACCUGAGCUCUGAGGUGCGGUCCCUUCUCCAGUGUCCGUCGGCAGACAGCAGCUUCCUGCCCCUCCAGGUGACCACCUUGGCCACACCAGAUCAUCUGUCCUUCAUUUCCUCCCAGCGAGAGGACGACUGGGACCCUGCCUACGUCAUCCACCUCCACCCAGCUGUGACCCUCCGGAACCUUCUGCCUUACAGCAUCAGAUAUCUACUGGAGGAUCAUGGAGGAUCAAACCACCCGCCUUACAGCAUCAGAUAUCUCAGGGACGUCGUCCUCUUCUCCUUCAAGAAAAAGAACAUCUUCAGCAAGAACAAGCUGCAGCUCUGUGUGUCCACCAGUUCCUGGUCUGAUGGCUUCUCAUUGGAUACGGUGGGGAGUUAUGGGUGUGUCAGAUGCCCUGCCAACACCAUGGACUAUCUGGUUGGCGUCAGCAUUCAGAUGAGUAGUUUCAACCUGACCAAGAUGGUGACCAUGAGUCCGUUCUUCACGCUGGUCAACAAGUCUUCCUACGAGCUGGAGGUGGGAGAGGUGCAGACAGAGGAGGGCAGCGUCAACGGGAAGUGGCACUACAUCUCCUCUACAGAGUGCCUCCCCCUCUGGCCAGAGUUGAUCACAGGGAAGCUGUGUGUCAGGGUCGUGGGCUCAGACUCCAAGUCCAAGUCCUUCUUCUUCAACAAGCAGGACAACGGCACCCUGUUGGGCAUGGAUCAGUAUGGAGGUGUGAUCGUCGACGUGAACAUCUCAGACAACUCUACUGUGAUCAGCUUCACUGACUAUUAUGAUGGAGCUGCUCCAGCUCUCAUAGUCAACCACACACCCUGGGUUACCAUCUCCUACAGACAGAGCGGUUCCACAGAGAGCAGAGCGCUGAAUCCAGGAGAAGCCCAGAGGUUUGCCUGGGACAACCCUGCAGGGGUCCGCAAACUCAGCUGGAAGUGUCAGGAGCACAGCAGUGGAGACCUGGACCUGGUUAAGGAUGAGUGUGGUCAGUUUGCGUACGACGGUCUAUCCCAGGUCCACUGGGUGUCCUUCCUGGAUGGUCGCCAGCGCGUGCUGCUCUUCACCGAGGACGUUGCCGUGGUGACCAAGGCGCGGCAGGCGGAGGAGCUGGAGCAGUUCCAACAGGAAGUGAACGUGUCGCUGCAGAACCUUGGCCUGUCGCUCGUCAACAACGACAACCGCCAGGAGAUCGCAUAUGUCGGCAUCACCAGCUCUGGUGUGGUGUGGGAGAUGAGACCUAAGAGCCGAUGGAAGCCUUUCAACCAGAGGAACAUCAGGCUGUUGGAGAAGGCCUACCAGAAACACCUGGCUGGAGGCACACCUGAACCCGGCUGGGUCAAACUGGAGACCAACUUAGAGGUGAACUUUGGGAAGGUUCCCAUGGUGAUGCGUCAGCCCUUUUCCAGUACUAUCAGGAGGAACUUCCUGUCUGGGAUUCAUGUGGAGUUCAAACAGUCGCCUCAUCAGAGAAGUCUCCGGGCCCAGCUACACUGGCUACAGGUGGACAACCAGCUGACUGGAGCUUUAUUCCCCAUUGUGUUCCACCCUGUUCCUCCUCCAAAGUCCAUCGCUCUGGACUCAGAACCAAAGCCUUUUAUGGACGUCAGCAUCAUCACCAGGUUUAACCAACACAGUCAGGUCACGCAGUUCAAGUACUUCAUGGUUCUGGUCCAGGAGAUGGCUGUGAAGAUUGACCAGGGAUUCCUGGGAGCCAUCUUGGCCCUGUUCACCCCAGCUGCCGAAUCGCAUGUGGACAAACAGAAGACCAAGCUGAUAGAGAAGGACUUGGCGAUGUUACAGGCUGAAUUGAUGGAGGCGUCCAUGACCGACAACUCAGGCCUCAGCUUCUUUGAAUACUUCCACAUCUCCCCCAUCAAACUACACCUCAGUCUGUCUCUGGGCUCUAGUGGAGACGAGUCUGGUCAACAGGAGAUGAUGGCCAUCCAGUCAGUCAACCUUCUGUUGAAGAGUCUUGGAGCGACACUGACCGACGUAGACGACCUCAUCUUCAAACUUGCCUACUAUGAGGUGAACUACCAGUUCUACAGGACAGAGAAGCUGAUGUGGGCUGUGGUUAGACAUUACAGUGAGCAGUUCCUGAAACAGAUGUAUGUGUUGGUGCUGGGCCUGGAUGUCCUGGGGAACCCGUUCGGCCUGAUCAGAGGCCUGUCUGAAGGAGUGGAGGCCUUCUUCUACGAGCCCUUCCAGGGAGCGGUUCAGGGACCUGAGGAGUUCGCUGAGGGCUUUGUGAUCGGAGUACGCAGUCUACUGGGUCACACUGUCGGUGGCGCUGCAGGCAUGGUGUCCCGUAUUACGGGGUCGGUGGGUAAAGGACUGGCUGCCAUCACCAUGGAUAAAGAGUACCAGCAAAAGAGACGGGAGGAGAUGAACAGACCACCCAGAGACUUUGGAGAGAGUCUGGCCAAGGGAGGCAUGGGAUUCUUUAAGGGGGUCGUUGGUGGGGUAACAGGCAUCGUCACCAAACCUGUGGAAGGGGCCAAGAAGGAGGGAGCGGCGGGGUUCUUCAAGGGCAUAGGGAAGGGUCUGGUGGGGGUGGUGGCCAGGCCGACAGGGGGCAUCGUAGACAUGGCCUCCAGCACCUUCCAAGGCAUACAGAGGGUGGCAGAGUCGACAGAGGAAGUGACGAAGCUGAGGCCGGUCAGACUGAUCCGAGAGGAUGGAAUCAUCCGACCUUACGACCAGGAGGACGCCAAGGGAUACGACCUUUUCCAGAGGUCAGAGAUCAAGCAGCUGGAAGGAGAGAUCUUCAGAGAACACUGUUUGUACCCUGGACACAGGAAGACCAACGUCAUAGUGACCAACAGGAGAGUGAUGUGUGUGAAGGAGGUGGAGUUUGUGGGACACUUCAACAAAGAGUGGGAGUGUCUGUUUGAGCAUUUCUCAAGGCCUCCGUACGUGGAAGGAGGAGACCUGAUGAUCUACUGCAAGGAACAGAACAAGCUGAAGUUCCAAAAGAGAGAUGGACAGGAACCCAUGAGAGUGCUGCACCUCAAGAACCCUGCCACUGCCCAGAAACUGUGUGAGGCCAUAGAGCAGGCCCAGUCGGCCCAGAGGCAGCAUCGGAUGGUGAAGCAAAAAUCACAGCGCUUUCUCAAACUGGGAGACAAGUGUUGAUGUCAUCGCCGGCCCGGCAUGAUGUCAUGGUUACCCAGAAUGAUGUCAUGGUUACCCAGAAUGAUGUCAUGGUUACCCAGCCUGACGUGAUCACUACUCAGUAGGUGAUCACCACCCAGAAUGAUGUCAUGGUUACCCAGAAUGAUGUCAUGGUUACCCAGCCUGACGUGAUCACUACUCAGUAGGUGAUCACCACCCAGAAUGAUGUCAUAGUUACCCAGAAUGAUGUCAUGGUUACCCAGCCUGAUGUGAUCACUACUCAGUAGGUGAUCACUACUCAGAAUGUCACCACUGCUCAGCCAGUACACUGUUCCUCACACUGCUACUGCCCAGCCCAACACACUGCUACUGUACUGCCCAGCCCAACACACUGCUACUGUACUGCCCAGCCCAACACACUGCUACUGUACUGCCCAGCCCAACACACUGCUACUGUACUGCCCAGCCCAACACACUGCUACUGCCCAGCCCAACACACUGCUACUGUAGUGCCCAGCCCAACACACUGCUACUGUACUGCCCAGCCCAACACACUGCUACUGUACUGCCCAGCCCAACACACUGCUACUGUACAGCCCAACACACUGCUACUGUACUGCCCAGUCCAACACACUGCUACUGUACUGCCCAACACACUGCUACUGUACUGCCCAGUCCAACACACUGCUACUGUACUGCCCAGCCCAACACACUGCUACUGUACUGCCCAGUCCAACACACUGCUACUGUACAGCCCAACACACUGCUACUGUACUGCCCAGCCCAACACACUGCUACUGUACUGCCCAGCCCAACACACUGCUACUGUACUGCCCAGCCCAACACACUGCUACUGUACUGCCCAGCCCAACACACUGCUACUGUACUGCCCAGCCCAACACACUGCUACUGCCCAGCCCAACACACUGCUACUGCCCAGCCCAACACACUGCUACUGUACUGCCCAGCCCAACACACUGCUACUGUACAGCCCAACACACUGCUACUGCCCAGCCCAACACACUGCUACUGUACUGCCCAGCCCAACACACUGCUACUGUAGUGCCCAGCCCAACACACUGCUACUGUAGUGCCCAGCCCAACACACUGCUACUGUACUGCCCAGCCCAACACACUGCUACUGUACUGCCCAACACACUGCUACUGCCCAGCCCAACACACUGCUACUGUACUGCCCAGCCCAACACACUGCUACUGUACUGCCCAGCCCAACACACUGCUACUGUACUGCCCAGCCCAACACACUGCUAC